UGAAAGUGAAAGGAAUCUCAGUGUGAGCCAAACUGACAUUGACUAAUUUUUUAACAGGUGUCCGGAUGUCUUCAGGUUUACAACUUUUAUAUUAUGCUGAAAGUUAUCUGGAAUGUUAUAAAGAAGAUUGUUAAUAUUCUUCUUUUAAUACUCUCCCCAAUCAAACGACUGAUAUGUGGGAGAAAGAGACGGACAUCAGACACAAUUUUACCUUUGUCAAAUCAUUACUCAAUUCCAAAAGAUUUCAACCAGAUGCCUACAAAUACUAAAGAGGAAUUUCAGGCCUGGGAUGACUGGAACACAGACUCCAAGAAACAGACAACCAAUGGACAACUGGGAAAUCCCAGGAUGAUGAGGGGCUCCCAGGGGGAGGAAGAGGAAGAGGAGGAAAUUGAUUAUUUCUCAGACAUGACACCAAAAAUUAAAAAGCAGAAAAAGGUUUAUAUUGGAAGAGACUCAGCAAUGUCCAAGUCCAGUACAGAUAAAUUUGCUUUUGCUGGAGAUGCUCCCAUAAAUCAGGGUUCAGAACUGGGUUCCUGGGAGGACACAGAGAAUGCAUGGGGAGAUGAAUCAAUGGAGGAUUUAUCUUGGCAUGCUGAUGCAGCCAUUAAACAGAGCAGGAAGUCCGAGCAGCAGAGACGGCUUCAGGAACACGCCAGGCGGAAAAUGGAAAAAGAACAGGCCCGCAACAAAAAAGACAGUGCAUUCUCAGCGGUCAGACUGACGUCAUGAUACAGUGUACACUGAAUUCAUCUUCAAAUCAUUGUGUCAAAUAUUCUCAUGUGCAAUGUUUAUCAAGAUUGAGUGGGGUGUGCAAGUUGUGCAUUUUGUUAUAUAAUAUGUACCCAAUUUCAACAUUGUUUAGGAUGUGAUCGUUAAAUUAUUCUUUGAGUAAUUGUUAAAUAAGGCCAUUCCAAGUUUUUUCUCUGUUUAGCAUCCACCCAUCUUUCAAAAACCUACCUACCUAUUCGCAAAAAACACAUAAGCCAAAACAUAAAAGUGAUAAAAAUGAUGUCCUUCAAAUGAUUUGAUCUAACUAAACUGCUUUAAUAGAAGAAAUAUCUAUUCUUAAGCAAAAAAAGGGAUUAAAUGCUUAAAAUACCCCCAAUAUAACUUACUGUAUAGAAUUAUUUGGAGAAAUUGACAAAAUUAAAAAAUUUCGAUUAAAUUAAUCAAUUUCAGGACUCCUGAUGUUGUGUGUUUUUUCUUAUAUUGGGUGUCAAAAACCAAGGCGCACGUGGACGCUAAACAUGGAAAAAACUUGGAAUGGCCUAAUUUACAAAUAAUGAAAGGUCUAAGAGGAAGAAAUAGUUGUUACCAAUGAUAAAAUGUCUUAGAAAAUUUAUUUCCACAAAUUUAAACAUUGUAUUUUACAAAAAAAAAAAAAAUUGAUGUCAGAUUUUGUUCUUUCAUGUACAAAGAUAAAUGUUUUGAAAAGGUUUUACCAUAGAAAUACAUUACUGCAAUAUUAAACUUUCACAAGUGUUAUCUCAUUUCAAAGGAUUUAGCAUAAUUAAGACAGAUAAUGCUGUUUUCCCUUUAUAACAUUACCAACUUUGUGGGAUAAUGUCUGACAAAUGAAAUCUUUAUGUAUCACACCCUUAUUAAUCUGGAUGCUUCACCUUCAUGAAGAAACCUGUGGGGAAUAAUUUACAUACCGGUAAAAUUAUGUACCAGUAAACCAAAUGUUUCAUUAAAGCAGACAAAUUGCUUGGGAACAAUUUUUUGGAUAAAAUGGAUUUGACUGUACUUUACUAUUAUUGUACUUUACUAUUUCCCCAUACAAUGCCAAUAAAGAAAAGGUACAACAUAAUCCACAAGCAUUGAUAGAUUUAAAGUAGGUACUAGUAAGUUGAAGGAUGUUGCAAGAUUUCUAAGCUAAGGUAGAUAAUUACUGGUAUUAAAAAUGUGAAUGUCAACAAUUGUUCCUAAAUAUACAAGUUCUUGAAAUAAUGAAUUCAAGUAUAUGAAGCAUAUGUCUGUACAAGCAUGUAUUCUCACCUUGUUUCUUUGAUGGAAUAAAUCUUUUGAUGCACUGUACAUAAUUACAGCAAUGAAGUGGGAUUAAGUGAAAUAUAAAUAUACAUGUAUAUGGAUUUUCUUUGAAUAUAUCAGAACUUAUUUUCAAUAUUUUUCAAAAGGGUGAGAUUUUUUCUAAACCUGGAUUGAAUUGUUCAUUGUGUAUGGAAACUUUUUCUUGCAGUCUAGUCCAUUUAUACUGAAUAUUUACAACAGAAGGAUGUAAAAUAGUAAUGUUACCAAUAUUUGUAUAUAAAUUUAUCUUUAUACAUUUCUAAUUUGCUCUUUUCGAUACAAAACCUUUCAUUAGGUCAUAUCUGUUGCAGAUUUUCUCUUUUAAAUAUUACUGCAAUUAAUUUUCAGUUAGAGUAAGCUCCCUUGUUCAUUCUGCAAUAAUUUUUCUCAAAUUACAGUGUAAUAUGACUAAUAUCCAAACAAGGAUAAUAGUGGCAUAAUUAUUAACAUUAUCAGCAGGAAAAAAAACUUGGAUUGUGAAAUUGUUGCAAAUUUUCAAACUGAGGCAUGUCAUAAUAAGUUGGUUUUGAGGAAUCUCUUUCAAUAAUUAUGUGCUAUGUUUUUUUUUAUUUCUGUUUUUAUAAGCAGUUAUGGAGGUAAAAAACUUAUUUAUAAAAUUCUUCUUGCAUAUAAAUCUUGAAUUUAAUAAAUUUUUAUAAAACAACAA